AUGUUAGCACAAUACUUUUUUUUCACAGCAUUUUUGUUUUUGAUCAUGACAAAAAUAUCGAAACAGCUUUCAAUUUCAUAAGACAUAGUUCAAAAGGAUUUAAUAACCAUCUUGAUAUAUGGAGAUGCAAGUAUUGAUGAUAUAGAUAGACAGCUGAAUUACACUUUGCCACUAUAGAAGCAUGAAUUUGAGGUGAUUGUUGCAAUUAAAAACAAAUCAAUGGUUGAUAUGAUAAAUCCUCUUUACAAAAAUGAGGAAAAAAUCAAAUUUAUUGAGAACUAAGAUGUGGAUGAUUUUGCAAAGAUUCUCUAAGCUCAUUUUAACAAUAUUCAAGGAGAGUAUAUAGUAUUAAUUCAAGCAAAAACUUAGAGUAAGAUUAAUAGAACCAAAGAAUAGCUCACUUAAAUGAAAACCUAUAAUUGCAAUGUAUCAGUAACAGAUUUAGAGAUUAUAAAUGAAGCAGAUGAAGUCUUGGAUAACUCUUACUUAAUUGACAUUGACUAUACCAGGAAUUUAGAUCUUAUCCUAUUUUCUGAAGAUUUCAGAUUUUAUGCAACACUUUUGAUAAGUAAAGCCUAUUUGGGCUAAAUACUGAUAUCAUAACCAUCAAUAAACAAAUACGAUGCGAUCUAACGAAUUGUGAAAGAUGGGGAUAUUCAUAUGGUGAAUACAUCAUUAGUACAGAUGACUUUCAAGCAAUAUCAAGAGAUGUUAUUUUAAGACACAAUCAUGAGACCUUAGCAAGAUCAUAUAAAAUACAUGCACUAUAACUCUCACUUGAAUAGGAUUAACAUCAAGAUCUAAACAGUUCAAUUUUCAAAACUUUUAAAUUGCUCAUUUGACUAUUUACUAUGUGACGAAGAUACAAUGAGUCUUGUAGGAUAUCUGAUUAUGCAUUCUUAUUUAACUGAUAAUCUUAGAGAUCCUUUUAACUCAAGUAGCUCUGGUUUCUUGUAGACAGAUUCUCUAAAACACAUAGAAUACAUUUACAGCUAUUUAAAUUUGUAAGAAAUAGCACGAUAAAAUCCAAAAGCAUACCCGUUAGCCUCUGUAAUUAUGGCUUGCUAUAACAGAGAUUACUAUCUUUGGAAAUCUAUUUAGCAUGUAUUAUAAUAAACCUAUGUUAACUGGGAAUUAAUUAUCUCAGAUGAUGGCUCGAACAAUCCAAAAACUCGAUAAAUUCUUUAGUUGGUUUAAAAUCAUCCACGAAUAAGGGUUUUUUAUCUUCACACCAACUAAUAUGCUGUUUUUGCAUUAAAUCACGGUAUAUCAUAGGCAAAAGGAGAAUAUCUUUCUAUAUAGGAUGAUGAUGACAUUAUGGUACCUUUUAGACUGAAUUACCAAAUUGAUUUUCUCCGUAGAAAUCAAAAAUACGAAGCAUGUGGAACAAACUAUAUUGUUAUAAAUGAAAUUGGUUAUCCAAGUAGUUAUGGAGGAUAUAGAGUGAAAAACUUUGCUUAAACAAAAUUUACUUACUUGUUCUUAAACCAUAUUCCUCAUAGUUCUUUUACUGUUAGGUUAACUCCUAGAAUGAAAAAGCACUUCAUUUACAACCAUUCGACAGCUUAUGAUUAUUCUCUUUGGUUCAAACUUAUAUUUGAUCUGAAUGAAGAUAUUAGAUUUGCCGUAUUACCAAAUCCUGUAACGGGAAUUAGGUUUCACAGACAAAGAAUGACUCAUGAUAGUAUUGAAACAUAACACUAUGGCAAAUGGAUUCCAGUAAAAUAAAUAGAGAUAGCUGAGAGAAUCAUUCCAGAUAUUUUCGAUAAUUUGAGUUACAAAUGCUAUUUGGAAACAUUGUAUAAACUUAACUAUGAAUAAGAUGUUGAGACAUGCAAGGAUCAAGAUAUUCAUCAAUUCCUUUCCCAAAUUAAUAACGGUCUAAGAAAUUUACCAUAGAUGUCUUAAAAUGACAUCUCAAAUCUUGACUAAAUAUUUGAUCGUUUUCAUAUAGUAUACGACGAAAAACUAAAGGAGGAUAAGGUUAAAUACCUGCAUUAAAGGAGAACUUUCGACUGUGUUUUACAUUUUGGAAAAAUAGAACUAUUAUUACUUCACAUUGAUCAAUUAAAAGACUAUGUUGAUUAUUUCGCUAUCAUCUAUUUAAUACCUCCUUAAGAGUAGGUUACCUUAGAUGAAAUUUUUAAGCAUUAAGUAAUCUAAGACAACUAAUAAAAAUUAUUAUUUGAAUUGAUUAAUGUUACAGAGGAAGAGUAUGAAUAAUAUUAAACUAAUCUUGAUAAAGAAAUAGCUUACAAAUUUACCAAACUUCUUUUAUAGAGAAAACUUUUUUAUCAUGAAGAAAUUAUUCUUACUAAUUCUCAUGAAAUAAUAAAUCCAUACUAACUUAGAAGAUUUCAGAAACUAAAUGCUGAUUUUGGAAUAUUUGGAUUAAGACCGCUUUCAAUUAUUGAUUUACAAGAAGGAAGAUAAUAUUCAUAAUCUAAAAUAAUGACCUAUAAAUUAUUUGAGUAAAUGGGAUAUUAAAAAGUUAGAAAUUUCACCCUAGAUCUUGAUAUUUUUAAAAAGGUUGGUCAACCAGCAUUCGAGGAUAAAAUAUAAACACUAAUAAUUGAUAAAGAUUACAUCAAUAUUCAUACUUUAAAAGAUGCUGGUGUUUAUGUUGAUGAGCAAGAUGAUUGCAGAAGUUCUUUUCAAAGUCAAAUUUUAUCAUAAACUUCUAAUUAAACAUUCGCAGAAAAAAGAAAGCUUUAAAACUUUUUUACUUCAAUUAGAGUUGAUUUAUAAUCAAUGUGCUAUUAAAAAUACAAAUUACUCUAUAAAAUGCUGGAUGAUGAACUUUGA